AUGGUCUUACUUGAAGUCACAACUAUGAGCCAUCCAACUCAUAUUCUAGACCCAGAUGGCGAAGUUAUUAUUGUAUUACGCAAUGCGAACUCCCCUUUUGCACAGGUGUCUGAAGAUAGCAUUCCCGCGGAGAAAGUCCUCGAAGUGAACGCCCCUGAAGAGGAGGUCCCUGAAGAAGAGGUCCCUGAAGCAGAUAUCCCUGUAGAGGCUCCAAGCGAUAUUCGCAUUCAGGUCUCCGCGAAGCAUAUGAUGUUUUCAUCUUCAUAUUUCAAAAAAUCACUCACCGGCCUUUGGAAAGAAAGCAUUUCUUACCAGCAAAAAGGCUCAGUUGAGAUUACGGCAGACGGCUGGGAUUCCAACGCUCUCUUAAUUGUUUUUCGUGCAAUUCAUUGCCAAUACAAUCAAAUCCCUAAAAAGAUUACGCUCGAGAUGCUCGCCAAGGUUGCAGCGAUAGCCGACUACUACGACUGCAAAGAUAUUCUAUACGUCAUGACGGAUCGUUGGAUUGAUUCUCUAGCUGAGAAGAUCGAAACUGCGUGUUCACGAGAUCUUAUGCUCUGGAUAUGGGUUUCUUGGUAUUUUCACCUUCCUGCCCGCUUCAAAGAGUCAACAUCUGUUGCUAUGGCAGGCAGUUGUGUGUUGAUAGAUGGCCUGGGGCUUCCGAUACCCAAUACCGUCAUUGGUAAGAUAACACAAAUAGAAACAUCGCAUUGGCCCUAUCUAAUCAUAUUGCAGAAUUAA